AGAGCAGAUAGAGAGUCCAGUCACUACCAAGGCCUACUUCAUGUGUAUCUUCGCAUCCUUCGCUGGUCUCCUCUUCGGCUACGAUAGUGGUUACAUCGCCUCGGUGCUUGGUAUGACCGAGUUCAAGCACACCUACGGUGAUGUGAACACCGGCACCUACACCACAUCAGAGAAGAGUCUCAUCGUGGCGAUCUUGUCAUGCGGCACCUUCUUCGGCGCCCUCAUCAGCGCAACACUGGCCGACCGGUUCGGACGCCGUACCAUCAUCAUCGCCGGCUGCGUCGUCUUCGUUGUCGGGGUCACUGUGCAAUUAGCACAGACCACCAUUACCGCCCUUGUGAUAGGGCGACUCAUCGCAGGGCUGGGUGUCGGUUUUGUCUCCGUGACCAACAUCCUGUACCUUUCCGAGAUCUCGCCUCGCAAUGUUAGGGGCGCGAUCGUGUCCUGUUACCAGUUUGCGAUUACGAUCGGCAUCAUGCUUGCCAGCUGCGUGGGUUACGCCACAUCGAAGCGAACAGACACCGCAGCAUUCAGGAUCCCGAUAUCGAUACAAUUCUUCUUCGCUACGGUGCUGAUCAUCGGCCUACUGAUGUUGCCGGAAUCGCCGCGGUUCUUCGUAAAGCAAGGUCGACUCGACAAGGCCAUGAAAGCUCUAGCACGGGUGCGAGGGCAGUCAUGGGAGAGCGAAUAUGUGCUACACGAGCUUGCCGAGAUCCAAGCAAACUACGAGUACGAGAAGCAAUUGGGAGAGGUGACAUGGCUGGGAUGCUUCAGUGGUGGCGUAAUGAAAAGCAACAGCAACGCGCGCAAGGUUUUCAUCGGGACAGCUAUUCAAAUGUUUCAACAGUUCACUGGCAUUAACUUCAUCUUCUACUACAACACAACUUUCUUUCAGCAGGUCGGCAUUCAGAACGCCUUUCUCAUCUCGAUGAUCACGACGAUCGUCAACGUUGUGUCAACACCGGUUUCUUUCUACACCAUAGAGCGUCUCGGCCGACGUCCGCUACUCAUCUACGGAGCGCUUGCAAUGGUGGUAUGCGAGUUCGUUGUGGCCAUUGUCGGGACGGUUCUACCAAACUCGAAUACGGCCAACUACGUUCUCAUUGUAUUCGUGUGUUUGUACGUCUUCUUCUUCGCAAGCACCUGGGGUCCGGCUGCCUGGGUGCUGAUUGGCGAAAUCUUCCAACUUCCGAUCCGGUCGAAGGGCGUCGCGCUGUCGACGGCAUCGAACUGGUUCUGGAACUGCAUCAUCGCAGUCAUCACACCAUACAUGGUGGAAGGCACCAACAACCCCGACGGAACCAACCUAUCCAACGGUCUUGGAGUCAAGGUGUUCUUCGUCUGGGGCGCGUUGUGCUUCGCCUGCGUCAUCUUCGCCUACUUCUGCGUUCCCGAAACCAAGGGUCUCACGCUGGAGCAAGUCGACAGAAUGAUGGAAGAAGUCAGCGCUAGACGUAGUGGCGCGUGGCGCGCUCGCGAGAACUGGGCCAGGAAUCUGAGUGAUGCAGCUGCAGCAUAA